AUGGCGUCAAAGAACGAAGCGCACGCGCGUAUCAACAACAUCAAAGCCGACCUCCAAUCCAUCUCGACAUGUUCCAACGCCACAGUCAGCGCGCUCCAGGAGAUUCUCUCAAAAAAGGAAGAUGAGCCAACACAGAAGGAAAAUGUAAAGGGCAAGACUCAGACGACUGCGUGGAGGAGAGCAGCGACGGGUGCGGCUGCAGAUGUUCAGAAACAAAAGACAUACACAAUUGCGCCCAGGGAGAAAUACAUACUGGCUACCGAAGUCGCAAACAAGACCCUCCAAACACUCGCUGAGGCACUCAAGAGCCCAAUAUCAGUCAUCACCGCCCGUCUUCCUUCCAAGUCGAAACCAAUACCCACCGAAGAUGCUCGCAAGCCAGCACGACCCAACCAAGCAAAGACCCCGCCACUCUCACAACAGCCUCUCCGCGAACGGUCCGCUUCUCAGGUGCACAAUUCGCCUCAUAAACGCGCCCCGCGCCGGUCGUCGUCAUACUCGUCGUUCCUGUCCCCAGGCCCUGACCCAGGCCUGGUCGCUACGGCCGAGUGCGCAAGGACGGCAUUCGCAUUCCUGGGUACCCCAGAAGCAACAAAGGUUCUGGGGAAAGAUUCUAGGGAGCUACAGUACGAAAAUGGUGUGCUUGCGCUCAUUGGGAAGCUCGUUGCACAUGGCCUAGACAACAUGGCCGUCAAAGAGUUAAGGACGCUGAAAAGGAGGUUGGAUAGACACAUUGGCCGUGAUACUGCACAGCAAAUUGGCGCUACCGACAAGGAAAGCCUGGCUUUACUUUUGGACUUUGCAGCCAUAGACCCCAGUAGCCCUGUUAUACCACUGGCCGCCAGCUUCCAAUCAUACACAUUGCGUAUCAUCGCCAAACUAAAACGACCACGAACAAUUGAAGCCACCUGGGAAUUCCUGAAACCCACAAACCCAUCUUCACCUGCUAAUCUGCUUUUGAGUACUGUAAAGUCUCCAGCCAGCCAAGCUAAAGUAGCUAGGCAGCUUGAGUCUCUAGCCCAGACUAUUCUCUCGCUAUGCCCGAGUAUUUCGAGCGCGGAUGAUGCAAACACUCUGCAACCAUCUGCAGAGAAAGUACUGCUCCUGCAACAUUUGGCCUUUAGUGUGAGAAAGCAGUGGUGGGGUCUUGUCAAACACCAGAGUAAUGAGGAACAAGAGCUGUCGGAGCCCUUCGCCAAGUGUUUGAUCGCCUUUGGCCGGAGAUCCCAACUUAUUCCUGUUAAGAAGUACAAGCUGGCCGAAACUUUGUACACGGACCUAUUAGGAUGGCCUGACGGUGCCACUACUUCACCAAAUGGCGCUCCUGCCUCGGCAACUGCGAGCAAGACUUUGUCCUCACUUGCCCAGGCGGCGGGAUUGUCUGACCAGGCUCUUCGAUGGUUAGGCUCUUCAACUUCCUCCACCACCUCCAAGACUCCUGCUGUGAAGCAAACAGCGAGGACGAUACGAAUAGCUACUAUCACCGUAGAGGCUUACGUCAAAGGCGAAAAGAAAACCGAUCUGAACGACGUAAUUACGAAUGCCCUCGAUGCCUUGAAUGGAAGCCUGGGUGGGUCAGCGGCAGAUCUCGAGUCGCUCUUUGCAGAAGUCAAUGCCCUGAGACGAGCAGCAACGAAGAUCCUUAUCGCACGGCUUUCUAAGCCUUCAGGCGACGACGAAAAGCUUGCUGUAGUGCAACAGGCUGUGUCUGUCAUCACUGCAAGUAUCCAUUUCUCAGCAAGGUUUCUGGGUACUGCAUACCCACAUGAAGCCGACUCAAAAACACAAGGUCAGCACCACGAACGGGUAACUUUGGCUUGGAAAUAUAUGAAGGGUACCAUUGACUCGGUCAUGGCAUGUUGCAAACAGACCAUCAAAACUGAGCACGAGUGGAAAGACUAUGACACAUUGUUACAAGAAUGCUCGCACGUACUUCGCCGUUUCGAAGAAGAGGCCAAGGAGGGAACUAUCUCAGGCGAGGAAAUCGAAUCUAUCAUUGGAUCAUUUAUUGUCAAAAUAUCCAAUGGUUACUGGGCUCUCUAUAUGCAGUUACGGAGGGCCCGCUGUAAGCUCGAUACCUUGGUUAUGCCUAUGCGGCGUUCCAUCGACCUUGUACAAUCAAGAGACCCAACUGAGCAAGAGAGCGGACUUCUCUCGAUGAAGCUUGAGCAACUGGGCGAGACCUUCGAAGAGCUGGGCCAAAUUGAAAACUCCCGCGACGCUUUUCGACAAUGCAUACACAGCCACCUCACUACAGAUAUCCUGCGACAGCUUUCCGAGACUGCAGCAAAGUCAUCUCUUUCCGCAACGUUCAGCGAUACCGGACCAUUUAGUGUAAUUUCCAGGCUCCUGAAAUGUUACCAUCAUUCGUUCCUAAAAUUUGGAAUUCGCCAAACGGAUGAAACUGCAUAUUUUGACAUUGACACAAUUCAUGCAGACGUCGAAGGGGCUAUAUUGGAGUUGCAGUUGCACUUUUACUUACGAACGUUGUCGAAAAAUCGGAAAUGGGACUCAAACCUAGACAAAUCAAUUCGCAGCCUGAUCGAACGACUCCGUAUAGUAUACGCACAGGAAACCUACCCGGUUCGGCGAUUAAGGUCGUCUAUCGCUGUUCUUCAGCUUUUGCAAAGCGAUCCCCAAAUCUUGUCCCAAGACAACCAAACUUCUGGCUUUGAUUGGGACGAGAGCAUAGGAGUACAGCAGUCUCAAGACCAAGCAUUGAAGGGAUAUCAAGCUCACCUAAAAGCACUUUACGAUCUCAAAUCCUCGAUGCAGCAAUCCUCUCCUCCUACGUCAACCUUUCAACAAUGUUUUGCCACAUGGGAGUCUCUUGUCACCCCUGCAUCUUCCUGGGAUAUACUGAGUGGUCGAAUUGACGACAUAGAUGUUUGGCUAAAAGAUCUUCAUGCAUGUGCAGAAUAUCUCAAUGCAAAGGGUGAAGAGUACUUGGCAUUGCCGCUUCUUCAUCUUUUAGUCAACAUUCUUGAGCUUCAAAAAACUGCCGAUGGAUCCGAGCUCCUCACCACGCUGUGCGCUUUGGGGCUACAGUUACUGCGUCUUGGUUAUACUGGGAAAGCAGGCGUCUGCCUUGCUAAAGCUGAAGCACUGAUCAAGUCCCGGAGCUGUUCUGUCGAUGCCAGAUUGGAGUGGCACGUGGCAUAUGCAGAAUAUCUGCUGGGUGUAGGGAAUCCGGCGAAAUGUUCUGCGAUAAUGGAAAAUGCCCGAUCCAUUGCACUUGGAGACUCUAAGUUUUUGGAUUUGGCGAAGCCGACAACCACACUGUCCGGCCGGUUGCGGUUCAACAGAAUAGUGGCAGAUGCUUCCUACAUUCAUUCGUUGUUUGCCACUGCUGCUGGAUCAUACAAAGAAGCGGCUCGACAUGCGAGACAGUGUGUCACGCUGAACCGACGUAUUUGGGCUGCCCUCGAAUCGCGGUCAAACGCCAAGAAGGCCGCGUCUGCAGACGAACUUGAAUCCGAAGCAGAUGGGUCGAGCCGAACAGCGUUUGACCCGUUGAGCUCUCUCCGCAUUGAUAAGGGGGUGCCUGUUGUCAUGUCUGUCACCCACGGCGCCCUUAGCGGACCUGACUUCUGGGCUUUGGUCCCAUCCAUGUAUCGGGCUUUGAUGCAGCAAUCCCAAAUCUUUGCUCAUCAAGGGUUAUUGCACGAGGCCAUUUAUGUCGCUGAACAAGCUGAGAAGGUUGCUUCUGCAACACAAUCUGCGACACUCAUGACUGACAAUGCCAGCUGGCGUGCUGACUGUUGGGCCCAGAGUAAUAGACCCGAUAAAGCUGAAGCUAUUCUCAAAUCGCUAGAGGCGCCUACUUCACGGAAAUGCUUAUCGACUGCCGGCUACUAUUCUGCUGUUGCCAGAACACAUCAUUGGAAUGGUCAGUAUGAACAGGAGAUAGCGUCGUACAACCUCAUGGAGCAGCUUUUGAAAGAUUUGAGUUCGCCCACAUACGUAAAGACUCUGGAGUCUUUUUCCCCUCCGGUUGAUGCACUUACAGAUCAGCUAUCAUCCUUGACGGUGGAUACCACCCAGGUAACCAAAGCAAAACCGGCAACAAGAGGUCGUAAGCCCGCGACCAAAGCUGCACCACGGACAACUGCAAAGUCUGCUACUGGUACGCGGCCUAGAGCAGCUACAACACGGGCUGGAAAGACGGCGCCAAAAUCAGCCCGCCAACCCAGUGCUCCGCCAGCGUCAGAGGAAUCGAGUACUGCCGACCAGUGUGCCGGAUUGUGUGUCUUCCAAGCGAGCAUGAGGGAUCGAGCUGUGCUUGCAAACAUCCUACAUGACGAUCUCGCUGAAGCCCUGAAGCUUCUUGGCCAAGCGGAAGACCUGCAGAACGGGUUGAACCAGGAAGUAUCGCACAUGUGGGCUACUUUCAAAGCGAGACUCGCACAGAGCGCAAAACAGAUUGCGGAAGAUUUUACUGUCAACACACUUCCGGAGUCGACUAUUGCGUUCCCUGCUUUUGGUCUCAAAGACCGUAGACUUUCCGAAGUAGAACCUGUCAAGAAAGGGACUCUUGUGUCUUCUGCUACUACUAAAUUAGGCCGAGCAAAGAAGCAACCGAAAGAGGACUUUAUGGACACACUCCGCGAAGCACGAGAGAGACUGGUAGAAGCACAUGCUCUGUGUGCUACUAAUGGUUCAAACCAUUUGUUCCGGCAAACGUCAAUGGCGCUGGGUCAUGUUACAGUGCUCAUGUCAGCUGUAGCGGGUAGCGACCUGCCAGGCUCACUGCACCCAAUGUAUGCCGCAUACAUGAGCGAACUGCCCAAGGUCAACGCAUUGAGGCUUGUGCAGGAGUCGACUGAGGCGGAAAAAGAGCAAUUAUCUCGCGAUGAGUGUAUGCAAUGGCCGGUGACAGAUGCAUCAAGUUUUUCGUUUGCGUCGGUAUCGGAGUUUCAAAAAGAUUACGUUGACAUCAUCCCGGAGACGUGGAAUGCGGUAUCGUUGGCUCUUAGUGAAGCCCGUGAUGAGCUGUUCAUUACUCGUUUCGAGAAGGGCCUAUCGCCAUUUGUGUUGCGCCUGCCAUUGGCUCGCCACGCCUCUCGCGACAUGGAUGAGGAUGAGUUCUCGUUUGACGACGGAAAGCGAGACUUUGACGAGAUUAUCGAGCUCAGUGACUUUAGCACGCGAAGCGCCAAGGACAUGACUUCGAGGGAAGCAAGACAACAGUGGUGGGCUGAACGUGAGGCUCUCGACACGCGACUACACGAGCUACUCAUCAACAUGGAAAACAUCUGGCUUGGCGGCUUCAAGGGAGUCUUUUCACAGCACGAGAGACAGCCAGCUCUGCUUACAGAGUUCCGUGAGUCGCUGGAGAACAUACUGAACGAGCACCUGCCGUCGCGGAAAAAGAAAAGUCAACAAAAGCGACCGGUACUGGAUGCACGAGUUCUGGAGCUGUUUAUUGGUCUUGGGGACGCUACCAACGAGGAAAUCGACUUGGACGAAGCGCUGAUGGAUCUGAUCUAUUUUGUUGUCGACAUUCUCCAGUUUAACGGUGAGCGUAACGCGUAUGACGAACUCGAUUUCGAUGCCAUGGUGGUCGAGACGUAUGAAGCUCUCCGGGCAUACCAUAGUGCAUCCCACAGACUGGAAUCUGCUUGCCGUCACACGAUACUCAUUUUGGAUAAGGACUUGCACGGGUUUCCAUGGGAGUCACUGCCAUGCCUGGAGCAGCUGUCAAUUUCUAGGCUACCCUCGCUUGCGGCCCUCCGCGAAAGGCUGCUCUCGGCACGACCGUGCGGGUCCCAAGCGGAGGCUGCGCCGGCUGGCCAUUAUAUUUGCUCCAAUAUGAGGGGAACGAGCAUGCUCAACCCAUCAGGGGACUUAGCCCACACAUCUAAGACGAUCGCGCCACAUCUAGACCAACUCCAGGGAUCAUGGGAUCGCAUCAGCAAUCGAGCGCCAUCGGAAAAGGAGUUUGAAAGCAGUCUGCGAGAAAAGGAUCUAGUGCUGUACUUUGGUCACGGCAGCGGUGCGCAAUAUGUCAAGUCCAAGGCAGUACGACGACUGUAUGCAGGCCAAGGAGAUGAGGAGGGCAGGAAAGCAGGAUGUGCGACGACGCUACUGUUUGGCUGCUCUUCCGUCCAUCUUAGUGAAAACGGCAUCUUCGAGCCGUCCGGUAUGCUAGCUUCUUAUCUUACUGCCGGGGCACCGGCUGUUGUGGGCAUGCUUUGGGAUGUCACGGACAAGGACUGCGAUCGCUUUGCCGUCAAGGCUGGCGAGCUAUGGGGACUGUGGCCCGAGUCGCAAGACGACAGUGGGGGUCCUGCGAAGAGUGUGGGAAAGACACCUGCAAAGAAAGCCAAAGGCAAGGGCAGAGCUGGGCAAUUGAUGGACGAGGUGGAGGGAGUGCGAAGCGGGGGAAGCGCAAAGAAAGGCAAGAAGACUGCGAGGGCAGCCGAUGGCGAUGGUGGGAUUGAAGGCGAGAGACAGAGGGGAGUCGGGCUGGAUGAAGCAGUGCGCGGAGCACGCAAGGCCUGUGUGUUGCGAUAUCUCAACGGGGCGGCUGCGGUGGUAUAUGUACAUAGUUACUUACAUAUAACGACAUCGGCUCUGCUGGGCAACCUGUCGGCUGCGGGCAUGUGCGUACUGCUUCUCCUCUCCUGGAAGCCCUUCACUCCUCUCACUGAACCUACUCCUCCACACUCCCUCGCGGCCCGCCUCGGACGCAACACGGCCAUGACGGAACGUCCGGCAAAGUCUGGCACGUCUCGCAAGCGGGCGCUGGUGAGCUGUGACCGAUGCAAGAUCCGCCGGGCGCGAUGCAUUCGCGACAAUGCAGACAUGCCAUGCGCCGAUUGCAAGGCAAGUGGUGUGGCAUGCGAAUCCAAACUUCCACGCAAGCAGCGCGUCUACGGCAGUGUCGAGACGCUGAGUCUGCGCUAUAGAGCGCUCGAGGCCCUGGUCAAGGGCCUGUUCCCCAACGAUAAUGUUCAGGAUACCGAGACGCUGUUUAGGAUUGCGGCCGCGAGGAAUAUCACCAUGCCCGCCAAUGAUGACUUUACUCCAGCAAACAUCUUCAACACCGCGACCACCACCGACCAGCGCUCCUCAUCGUCGUCGCAGCAACAACAACAACAACAACAACAACAACAACAACAUCAGCAGCAGCAGCAACCGCAACAGCAUCAACAACAACUACCACCGCAACCGCAACCGCAACCACAACCUCCAAUUCAACCUUUUCAAACAUCUUCCUUUCCCCGGCAGGCACCCGCUGUCCCAUAUGCCACCACACACGACACUACCCAUUCUUCUCACAGUGAUUUUCCGCCCAUAAAAAGCAAGCAGAAUCGCCCCAGCACCCUCGCCGAACCCCAGCGACCCCCCUCUCGGGCAGAAGAGCUCUUGCGGGCAAACCGACGCACCUCCCACUACUUUGGUCCCUCGAGCAGUUUCCGCCUUGCCACAACAAUACGGGCUCUUGCUUCCCGGUGGAUAUCAAUCACGGGUGCAAGCGCCCACUCUUUCAUCUCAGACCCAUCCAGCAACCCUGGCUCCAUUUUGAAACGCAGUAGCACUGACCCUUCCCACGAAGACCUUACCUUGCCUGAAGCAAUUCAGCUUCCACUCUCUGGAAAGAGAAGUCGCAAAAGAUCCAGGUCAGAACUGGAUGAUUCCAGUGAUGAGUUCUUGUCUCGCGAGCAUAGUCUGAGCAGAGACUCCAUCGGGACUCUCUUACCGCCCAAAGCUACCGCCGAAGCCCUGGUGUCUGCCUACUUUAGCCGGAUUCACAUGUACAUGCCUUUGUUCAAUCGAAGCGUGUUCCAUCUUCGUAUGGAAGCAACGUAUUCUCGAAAAGCCGAACUGAUCGACGAAUGUAAGGACAUUGGCUGGCUGGUGGCACUGGCCCUGGUCUUCUCUUUUGGAUGCCAGCAACUGGACGGACUCGACUCUAAGCAAGCCCGUGAGCUGCGAGUCAAAUACCUCAAAUUUUCCAAAAACUACUUUCGGCGGCUCCUAACAACAGCCUGCCUGGAUAAUGUCCAGGCACUUGUUCUGCUCAACAUGCACCAUCAUAGCGUUGGGCAAAAGAGCAGUUCAUGGCUGCUGAUAGGCCUUGCUGCACGCAUGGCAACUACCAUGGGAAUGCAUCGAGACGCUUCAAAUCAAGAAUUCGAGUUUGUCGAGCGGAACAUACGCCGCCAAGUCUGGUGGACCAUUUACAUUUUUGAAAAAACCUUGUGCAGUGUCCUUGGCCGCCCAACCGCGAUUGAUGAUCGCGAAAUGUCACUCCAUGUGCCAGAAUUCCAGUCAUUCGGGCAACCCAGUAUAUCUAGAGACUCUGCCAGUCUCUGCUUUGAUCUCGUCCGCCUAUCUUAUAGUACCCGGCAACGUGCCUAUUUCGAUCAAACUUCCGCCGAAGAACGCUCGCCGACGCCUGCUGUUGCAAAAACUCUCCUGCGAGAACUUGACGCUUUUAUCGCCACAGUUCCGCCAAACAUGUCGCUGGACUGCUACCCAUUGACGUCCGAGCAUAGAUCCAUGGUAUUACUGCUGCAUAUUUACUACUACCAUACACGUUGCAUGGUUACUCGGGAUUUCCUGGUACAAAAGAUUGAAAGUAGCCUAUCCUUUCUUGAAAACGAAAUGUUUACCGAUUCUGACGACUGGCAAACAACCCUUGCGCUCGCCGAAGACUGCGUCGAGUCUGUGCACAAAAGCUUGCAGUGCAUCAGGGCCGGUAUCGAGCUUGGCAUCAUCGGAUACUCGUGGCUGGAUUUCUACUAUGUUUUUCACUCCAUCAUGAUUGUAUGCGCAGACUUUCUCGCCCGCCCAAAGGGACAAGCAGAGUCAACCAAGGAUGCUGAGCGCAAGACGACUGUACGGGCCGUGCUAGAUCAAAUCCGCGACAUGCAAACUCUUGCGCCUACCUAUAGGACGCUCAGCCGGAUUGCGCUGCAGUUUGCUAACAUAACAGAAGUUGCUGCUGACAGAAAGUCACCGACGCCGACAGACACGCCGCAUGAUGCAUUGCUCGAGCCCGUAGCCCCCGCGGCGAGCGACGCAGGUGUCGAGCACGUAAUGCAGCUCGCAGAUCUGGGCGAAGACUGGUUCACAAACGCGACCGCGGACCUGGGGUUAGAUUUCUUCGAUUUGGGCCAUGCGACAAACCCCGUGGCAUUUGCUGCCAUGCCAGAUCCCCCUUCGUGCGCUGAACAGACCAUUGAGUCGACCAACGCUGAUGUCGAGGAUUGGACGUCCAAGACGCUAAAAGGGUUACAUACUAUAUAA